CAUGGCCUAAGCCCCAACACUAGAGGGUCUCUCCUCCAGGGGGAAUUCCACACUUUUCUUCUUGGUGAGGUGGUUGGCUGAAGAAGAUUCAGAGUUGACUCAGGUGAACAGGGCCUCAACAGGCUUCUGUCAGCAUGGACUGGAAGACGUUACAGUCCCUGCUAAGCGGGGUGAACAAAUAUUCUACCGCUUUUGGGCGCAUAUGGCUCUCCGUGGUCUUUGUUUUCCGGGUCCUGGUGUAUGUGGUUGCUGCCGAGCGGGUGUGGGGGGACGAACAGAAGGAUUUUGACUGCAACCACCGGCAGCCUGGAUGCACCAAUGUCUGCUAUGACCACUUCUUCCCCAUCUCCCACAUCCGCCUGUGGGCCUUGCAGCUCAUUUUUGUCACCUGCCCCUCCUUGCUCGUCAUCAUGCAUGUGGCGUACCGUGAGGACCGGGAGAAGAAGCACCGGGAGAAGAAUGGGGAAAACUGCCCCAAGCUCUAUAGCAACCCAGGCAAGAAGCAUGGCGGGCUUUGGUGGACUUAUCUCCUCACCCUCUUCUUCAAGUUGGCCAUCGAGAUUAUCUUCCUCUACCUGCUCCACAGGAUAUGGGACAGUUUUGACCUGCCAACCCUGGUCAAGUGUGAGAAUCUGUCCCCAUGCCCAAAUGUUGUGGACUGCUACAUCGCCCGGCCAACAGAGAAAAGGGUGUUCACCUACUUCAUGGUGGGCGCAUCCGCCAUCUGCAUUGUCCUCACCGUCUGCGAGAUCUUUUACCUUAUAUUCAAGCGGGUGGUCCGCUCCGCACAGAAGUGGAAGAAGAACAAACAGUCGCUCACUUACAGCAAGGCCUCCACCUGCCAAUGCCAUUCGAGACUGGAGCACCCACUGGAUGGGAAAAUGAAGAACCCACCCUUAGAUGCUCUCAGAGCCUCUGCACCUAACUUGACUUUAAUUUGAAAGGGGAAGGGACAGAUCGAGAAUGGCCACCUGCGGUUUGGAAUGUUUCAUUGUGACACAGAGUUAAUGCAGACACUACAUUUCCCUCACAAUUUCCAAUUUUUCAUGUGAUUAUUAUUAUUUUUUAGUGCUUGUAAGAUACACCCUGUGCAGGAACAGGGAGCAUGUUGAACCUCCUGUUUUCAACCUUAGGAAUCUAUGUCAUGGAUUCUGUGAUGAUCUGCCGUUUUCAGGUUGUCUCGCGACAUUUGCAGAUGGGGCCACAGAUCAGGGGCAGAGCAUCUGCUUUGCACACGCAAGGUCCCAGAUUCAAUCCCUGGCGUCUCCAGGUACAGCUGGGAGAGACCCCUGCCUGAAACCUCAGAGAAGCCACUGCCAGGCAGAGUAGAUAGUACUGGGCUAGAUGGACCAAGGGUCUGGUUCUGUAUAAGACACUUUCCUAGGUACCUUAUGUUUUUCUUCUAAUGGUUUGGCAUUACAGUCACAUAGGACACUGCUUGACACCAUUAGUCUUCUCAGCAGUUCCUGCAGCUGCCAGAAUUGCUGAUUUGGGGGAGACUAUCUAGGCACGUCUCUAUGGUUGUCUUUUAAAAUACUGGUAUCCAUUGUCUGCUUGAUGUGUAUGUGCAAUAGUGCCAUUUUGAAAAAUGGUGGAGGUGACGGAAGAACCUGGAAUCCUCCUUCCUAAACCACUAGCUAGCCAUGCAUCAUGGGAUGUUAGGAAAGGAGAGCUGGUCUGGUGGUAGCAAGCAUGACUUGUCCCCUUAGCUAAGCAGGGUCUGCCCUGGUUGCAUAUGAAAGGGAGACUAGAAGUGUGAGCACUGUAAGAUAUCCCCCUGAGGGGAUGGAGCUGCUCUGGGAAGAGCAGAAGGUUCCAAUUUCCCUCCCUGGCUAAUCCAAGAUAGGGCUGAGGGAGAUUCCUGCCUGCAACCCUGGACAAGCCACUGCCAGUCUGUGUAGACAAUACUGAGCUAAAUAGACCAAUGGUCUGGCUCAGUUUAUGGCAGCUUCAUAUGUUCCUAUGAUGUUGUAAACUGAAAGGGGUGGGGAGAGGGACACCUUAGAACUUCUUCCUCACCCAAACAUGUUACACAACAAUAAUGUACUGUUAAGAAUGAAGGACACAGAUGGUGAUGGCCAAUGUUCCUUCUAACAGGGAUUCCCAGAUGUUGUUGACUGCAAGUCCCAGAAUCCCCAGUUGUAAUGACUUUGGCUUGGGGAUGAGAGAGAGAUUUCUAUAUUAGGCAGUAUAGAAAUUCAAUAAAUAAAUGAAUAAAUAAAUAAUGGGAGUUGUAGUCAUCAACAUCUGGGAAUCCUUGUUAGAGGAAACACUGGUGAAGGCCCACUUCAAUUGCCUCAUCUGCAUCUAUAUCCAUGAUACGUGUAAUGUCUGCAUUAGCUCUUAUGAGGCUGAGAAAAUGUGGACGAGGGAUUUGGAACGGAGACCUUCCAUGGACCUGAGUGACCAACCAAAUCAUCCACAACUGGGCAGCGCCACCAUGUCAUUGAGGCCUGAAGUCCUGGUCAGCCUGCAGGCCCGAUAAGACUGCAGCCUGUUUACAAGCUUGGCUCAGAUGCUCUGGCACAAGUUUUUGUUUGCCUGUUCCUGGAGGAAGCUGCAAUCCUGAAGUUUAUGCUUAUGUUUUGGAGGAUACAUGUAAUACAUAGUUGCUAAGGAAGCUGUCUCUGUUUAAGAGUUUUUUUGUGGUCUUCAGAAGAUGACUCAUACCAGUCAAUACGGUUCUUGGCUUUGGCUCCUUCCCUGACUUCUUCAACUGUUUAUAGAAUGUCACGGGGCCACUAAUCUGGUGGAGGAGUCAUUAAUUAGGAGAAAUCAAGGAAACAUUGCGUAUUUUGCCCUCAGGCCAUGCAUCCGGUGGACCAAAAUUCUCUGCAAGGUUGUAAUGUCUGGAAACAAAGACAUGUGGAUCAUGCAGAGGCAUUCUUACCCCCGGUCUGUGGCCAUAGUCUGUGGCCUCCAAGUUCCCGGGCAGCUCCAGAUGACUAGGGGGUCCUACUGCUGCCACCCCAUGCCCACCCCACCACUGCCCCACUGUGCUGCACCUCCGAUUUUAUGUUCAUAAUUUCAGCCGCCAUGUGUAUGGCAGCUGAAGGGGUGGUGGCCGGGGGCGGGGGUGAGCCGAGCAAGACUUCCUCGCCCCGGGCAGCAGAUGGAGCAACCGCUGGGCCUUUCCAUCUGGCCCAGUGACUCUUGAGAACUUUGAGGUGCUCCUGCACACCUGCACAGUUGAAAUAGAUCGUUGGAAGUCUGUCGAUGUCUGUGACAAUGUAUUUCAACUGCUCAGGCACGCUGGAGCGCCUCACAGUUCUCAAGAUCUGCUGGGCCAGACAGACAGGCCCAGUGGUCACUCCAUCCACCGCCACCCGCCAUGGGAGGGGGGAGACCUGCUUAGCUCCCCGACCCCCCGGCUGCAACCCCUCAGCUGUGCACAUGGCGGCUGAGAUUAUGAAAAAGAAAUUGGAGGUUCAGCACAGCAGGGCAGUGGCGAGGCGGGCACGGGGUGGUGGCAGCAGACCCCCCCAAAGCAGGUUUCAGGGGGGCUCGUGGUGGGGGCGCCUCACAGUGGGAGCGGUCUAGGCACCAAAAUUACCUAGGUGCACCAGUGGGAUCAUGGCUGGUUUUCUUUGAACCUAGAGCUGUCACAUGAAGGAAACUCAGGGCAAAAUUGCAGGUUCCUUUUCACAAACGAUGACUGCGGAAUGUUAAGGGGAGCCAGGAGUUACUAUAUGCAACAUGUCUUGGUGAUGGGGAAAGGAAGGUUGUGAUGGAUUCACAUGAACAAAGGCAAACAGUAUUAGAUUGUGGUGAGCCGCUUUGAGCUCCUUUGGGAGGAUUUAGAGGGAUUUAAGACUUU